AUGAUAAACAAUGUGUGCGCAAUUAUUGCUAUCGUGCUGCUUGUAUUUACUGACCUGGCAACAACUCAACUUUAUACUUCUGCUUCUUCUGAUGAAGAGCCUGACUGCCAAGAUUUCCCUGAUAUCCCAGUCUGCCCCAUGUUUACAAAGCGAGUCUGUGGAACUGAUGGCAUGACCUACAUAAACCGUUGUAAUUUAUGCCUUUAUAAUUGGUUGAAUAAUGCAGAUGUUAAGAUCAGGCACAAUGGAUUUUGUACAAAGACACAACCAAAAGAGGAAGAAUACUGACUGAGUUGGCAAAAGUUCUAGUGUUGAGCUGAAGUCUUUUUUUGAAAGUCUUCAUUUGAUUGGUUGAAUGAAGAAUAAACUGAAAUAAAUAUGAAUUGGGUGUAUUGCCAGUUAAUUUUCCAGCCUUUUACUGCUGGCCUCAUGAGAUAACACUGUAUUUGUUUGUUUACUGCUUAUUAAGCUGCAUUUGAUGUGUGAUUUUCAAAUUUAAUCAAGAUUUAAUCAGUCAAAGCUAACUGUGAUGUUACACCUGGCAUUGGUGGAGAGACAAGGAGAUCACAUAAUUUAAACUUGACAUUUCUUCCAGCUCAUCUGUUUCUGAAAUCCUGACCCGCACGAAGUUCCAACUAUUCAUUCCUUGUGUCCUCACCAAUGUACUUCGACUUUCGGAACCUAGUGCACCCAGUUCAAAUCUUUAAUUCUUAUGUUUAAAUCCACCCAAAGACAGUGUCUUUUUGAAGUCAUCUAUGACAUCCUAUGCAACUGUGACAAAGAUAAAUUAUCCUUCCUUGUCCUUCUGAACAAAGCUGUCUGCGGGCUCUGACACAGUUGAUCACUGUUAACAGAUUCUAACCGAGCUGGUCAAACAGAGAUUAAGAGACGGUCUUUCUUUGUGCAGAGUUAAUUGACUUUACCAAUCCCACAGUUCUCUCACCCAAUCCCAAAUGUUCCCCUUUUAUACAUCUAGACAUUGAUUAAUAGACAUCAAAUGUUUAUCUUCCAACCUUAAUUACUUGUUAUUAUUAGUCACCUCUUCAAAUGCCACUCCAGAUAUUUUAUGAUCAGCUAUUUCAGAGAAGUUAUAACACUUCUGGAGCAGUUGAAACUUAAACCCAGGCCUCCUGGUACAGAGAUAAGAAUACCACUGCUGCGCCGCAUGAGUUCUCAAAAGCCACUCCAUCUAAAUCAGUGGAAUUGCUCUUAUCUGGAUCCUUUCUAACUGAUCAGAUUAUCUCCUACAGUGGUUUAUCUUCCUGUUCCCGCUCCUGGCCUGUUACCACUGAUGUUACCUGAGGAACUAUCCUCAGUUCUCUG